CUUCUCGACGACAAUAAUGAUUGUCUUCAGCUCAAUUUGCACGAUGUACCUUUGACUCGCGUCGCAAUGGAUCCUUUGUCCAUCGCCACUUCAGUUGCUAGUCUCAUUGCCGCAGGUAGUAAACUCACAGCAAUCUUAACCCAGAUCAGCCGUCUUUCAGAUGCGCCACCUCUGUGCAAGGCUAUCUUGACCGAAGUUUGCGAUACUGCAGCAGCACUUCGUCAAAUUCAGAACUUCCUUAACGGUCAGCUGUAUGUCCCUCCCGAAAGGCGAGAAUAUGUACUUCUCGAGCAUGUUUCGACAGCUCUCGUAGGAUGUGUGAUGACCAAGGAUGAGCUGGAGACUUUGCUUGAUGGAUUGGGCCUGGUUUAUGCAGGAAGCGGCAUCACAGGCGUAUUCGAUCGAGUGAAGUGGGUUCGGAAGGAAACAAACAUCCAACGCCUGGUUCAACGGCUUCAAAACCACAAAGCGUCUCUCAAUUUGAUUCUGACGAUAUUUCAAUGCUCUUCUUCUACACAGAUCCAAGACUCGGUUGUCCGGCUCUCCAGCCUUGUUGAGGAGGCCUUGUCAAGCCACUCGGCCCUUUCAAUCAGGAUGAGCCGACUAGAAGAAGGAAGCACCUUGAGAAGUGCCACUAUUCCAACCUCAAGCGUCAAUGAUAUCGAGUCUAUCAAGAACGUAGAGCAGGAAUAUUUGGGUACGGAUAAUGCAAGCGUCACGACAAUUACUCGGAUCCCUGAAGUCCUUUCCGAGCCCGAGGAACAGUUCAUACUCUUGCCUUUCCCUUUCGAUCCAGAACUUCAAGCCUCGAGAGUCUAUCGGAGACUACAUUUAACACACUCGGAUGGUCAUUCAGCAACAUCAAUCACAAUAUCGACGAGGCAAAGAGCUGCGGCAUCAAUAUUCUCAGCACUCAGUCUUGCAGAGAUAUCGAACCUCUCACAGUAUUCUUUGCCCAUCUUCAUUCAAGAAAUUGGCAACAAUCGAUGGUAUAUUCAGGUUGGAAGAGUCUCGACAAUUUUUGAAGAAACGGGAGGCACGGCAUCUAGGAUUAGUCUGGAUGUGAAAAAACUUGAUGGAAGUAGAACACCGUAUACGAUGCAACCUAGCAGCACCGGACAGGAUUUGAUGAACGCGAUUGGGGGGCCGGAACAUUUUCUUGUUUGUGAGCAUACUAAAAAUGUAUUCCGGAUCGAAAACAAUAAAACGCUCCAAGAGCAGGGCAUAACAGAGGGUGCAAGAGUUCACGUUGUUUUAAGAUAUCGUGCAGAAGGGCGGGAACUGGGGGAGAGAUCCGAUCCAUAUAUGCCACUUUAUAGGAUCGACAAUGAAUAUCCGAGAUACAGACUUGAACCUAGGUAGCAUGAAAUGAAACAGGUCAUGGCGCGCCAUCAGAACUUGCGAGGUUGUGUAAUGAUCAGCAUGUCACGAACAUGAAAAGCUUUCACGUUUGGGCAUCAUGGAGUUUGUCAUCUCGAAUUCGUGGUUAUCUGCAGUCAGACCGGCGUAUCGACAGAUACCCCUGUAUAUGUUAGUGGUAGUCUUUUCUUGAUCACUGGGAUUCUUAUAUUCGGUCUUCCCAUCGAAACUGCAACAAAUUCUAGGCUGCAAGAAAGAAAUGAGGGUCCUUAGAUGAAAUCCCCAUUAUAGUUUGCAGCUGAAGGCGUC